AUGAUAUUUGGUGGACCUAUGAUCGCCGGAACCAGCUUCACUGCAUCACGAAAAAUGAAGAUUUUGGUAAUACGAGAAAAGAGCACUCCAGAACUUCCAUAUGAUGACGUGAUUACUUUCUCUGACGAAGACACAGCAGGCAUCACCUUACCAUAUAAUUACGCUUUGGUCAUCACUGUACUCAUUGGUAACUGUCAAGUCAAACGGCUCAUGAUAGAUCCGGGGAGUUCUGCUAAUAUCCUCCACUGGAAGGUGAUGGCGGAAAUGGGACUUCUUAAGAAAAUGAUACCGGCUUCAAGGAUGCUCUCCGGGUUCAAUAUGUCCAGUGAGACCAUCAAGGGCGAGAUUGAUCUACCCAUAGAAGUUGGCGAAGAAAAAAAAUCUGACGAAGUUCUAUAUGAUUGA